GUGACGACCUCCGCACCCGCAAUCGUCCAUGGUGCCCACCUUCAGCCUACUCCCACGUAGCACACCACCAUGAUAGCGAUAGAGACGGCUCGUAUCUCCCUUGAUCUCUCGCGACCCUACCUGCCGCCAUGAGUGAUCCCCUGGCGGAAUAUUUGUCUGCACUCGAUGCGCGUGACGCAAGGGAGAAGGCGCAUGAGGAGUACGUGAACGCCUAUACCAAGCUCGCCGAUAACACGGCACAGUUUGCGAACCAGACACCCUCCGCGGAAGAGUCAGCCCCCGCGGCCAGCGCAUCAAAGGGCAAAGGACCAGCAACGACCGAUGUCUCCUCGCCAUCUGCUAUCGCGCAACUUCGCUCCGAAUUAGCCGUCACUCAGCGCACGCGGGGUGAUCUAGAAAGUCAACUGAGCGCCCUUACUGCCGAGCUGAGCACCCUCAAGGCCUCAGACACGCAACAAAAGCAGCGCAUAGAACAGCUCGAAAAGGUCCGGACACAACUGGAGAGGCGAAGCAAGGAUAGAACGGAGGAGCUCAAGGGCAAGGGGAGGCUUGUGGAGGAGGUACACGACGAAAUGGUUGCGCUGAACCUACAGCUGAACAUGGCGGAGCAGGAGAAGGAGAAAUUGCGCAAAGAGAAUGAAGAGUUGACUAAGAGGUGGGUCAAGAAGAUGGAGGAAGAGGCACGGAAGAUGAAUGAAAGGUCAGGGUGGGAAGACCAGUCACGGAGGAAGAAGUAGAGACAAGACAAACUUUUUGAUCUCGCUGUGUUUUAGGCUGUUGACAGUAAAUCAUAACAUGGCUGUAUUUGCAGUGUCUUGAAUUACACUCGACUUCACUUUCCUAGGACUGCCGGCUUGC